GUAAGAUCGUAUCGGUACCUCGCAGAUUUGCCUAUCUGUUAGUACUGUUUUAAGCUCAGGUGCCAAGCCCGGCCAAGUUGUGGGGUCGAUUCGCAAGACAUCAAUUACCUACCCACCUUAUUUAGCGGCAGAGCCUCCGACAACGACUGAGCUCUCUCCAGAUCUGUCUGUUCUCCCAUGGCAUUCGAUUGCAGGUGACACCUUUCUGCAGCGCUGGCUGCCACAGUAUCACUUCACUAGGAACCUCUAGUACUUGGGUGCACGUUUUCCUACGGCAGAGUACGAUUGUCAUGGUUCGACGUUGCAUCCCCGCCUUCGCAGUGCGGGCUUGUGUCUGGCCGCGCUCUAGGCCUCUUCGCCCAUCACCAGCAUCCCUAUUUUCGGCAUCUACGAUAUGUUGGCCCGGCGCUCUUGCGCGAGGAUACGGGACGACGCGAGACGGCGACAAUGCUGGCGCCGAUGAGAAGGAGGCCCGGGAAAGCGCACAACACGACGUGGCAGCAGACGUCGCUGCGGAUACGUCAAGGAAAGACACCAAGUCGGCUCAGGCAGUGGCAACGGAAGCAGCGAGCUCGUCAACCUCCGGGUCCUCGGUUGUUAGUGACAUUCAGGACUGGGAGUACAACCCAAACCUCAAGAUCGAGUCAUUCAAAGAUCUGCCCCACGCCAACUUUGGCGUGAACCAGCACAUCCCCUUCGAUACUGAAUUCAAAGAGGUUUUGAAGGCGAUACCCUGGCAGUUUCGCGCCCCGAUCCGCUAUGCGUUCGCCUACGGUUCCGGCGUAUUCCCGCAGUCUAAAGCCAGUGGGAGGGUCCCGACCAUGGAGGAGAUUCGCGCCGUCCACCCGAAGGCGCCGCCCGCUGUCCAGAGGGCUCAGGACGGCACCCCAAAGAUGAUCGACUUUAUAUUCGGCGUCUCGCACACCCAACAUUGGCAUUCACUCAACAUGAAGCAGCACCGUGACCACUACUCAGGUCUUGCGAGCCUCGGAUCCGGCGCGGUCUCGUAUGUCCAGGACAGGUUGGGGGCCGGAGUCUACUUCAAUCCUUACGUUGUAGUCAACGGAAUACUGAUCAAAUACGGCGUCGUGCAGCUGGGCACGCUGGAGAAGGACCUGACACAGUGGGACAUGCUCUACCUGGCUGGGAGGCUGCAUAAGCCGGUCAAAAUCCUGCGAGACGAUCCGAAAAUCCGGCUAGCCAACCAGAUGAACCUUUUGUCGGCCCUGCGAACGGCCCUGCUACUACUACCGCCGAACUUCACGGAAGAGGAGCUUUACGGGACUAUUGCGGGUAUCAGCUACCUCGGUGACCCGCGUAUGGCGUUGCCCACCGAGAACCCACGCAAAGUGAAGAAUAUUGUGGGCCAUAACAUGCCCAACUUUCGGCGGCUCUACCUUCCUCUUAUUCAGACGCUGCCCAAUGUGGACUUCAAGGAUGCCGUCUUCAGUACGGAGGACUGGAUCUGGGACGAUACUAAAAACCUCCGGCUCGCGCAGGACAUGGAUCCGGUCAAGCGCGGCAACAUGGUGCGACGCCUCCCCAAGGCUUUCCGCUCGCGGCUCUACCUCCAGUAUCAGAGGAAGCUGGCCAUUCCGCAGGAUGAGUUCAGCAAGAUGAUGGAGGAGAGCGAGAAGGAAGACGCCAUCGCGUUCAAGAGACGCGAGGGAGGCGGCUUCGAGCGGCGCAUCGCCCAAGAUGAUCCCGCCGAACUGCGCCACUACAUCCGCACCGUCAUCAAGCGGACCAUCAGCUGGCCGGCCACGACACAGUCCCUCAAGGGUCCGCUUACCAGCGGGUUCAGCAGGACGUGGCGGUACCUGAGGGAGAAGAUGCAUAAGUACCGGCAGGGUCGUGAGGCCGAAAAGUCCAAGGCUGCGGAGGAGACGAAAGACGGGAGUGAAAAGUAGUCUUGAUCUUCUGCUGAACUUGUGUUGAUGGUAACAGACAUGGUUGACUAGCCAGUUUCAAACAUGUCUUUUGUACUGUACAUAAAUAAUAUCCAUGGCAUGGUGAUGGCACUGGGAAUAGGGAUUAGAGGGUGAUAGGCGUUUGUUCUGUCUCUUUGAACAUCCAGAGGUUUCGGAGGUCAGCCUGCAGUGGCGAGCCCGAAUAGACCCCGCCACAGUUGUCCUUCGCAGACACUGCUGACUCACGGUUACGGUUGUGAAAGUAAAACGUGCAUUCAGAGGGCGGGUCUGAGGAAGAUGUGGAUGAGUGGUAAGAUGGAAUGCCUAGAAGAGUCGUGUCCGUUACUCAAGCCUGGCAACCCUCGAGAAGACGCAGUGAGAUGCAAGUGGCUCAGACAAGAACAAAUC